AUGCAAAUUGAAGACUAUCUAUAUGGGAAGAAACUUCAUCUUCCUCUAUUGGGGAGCAAACUAGAAAACAUGUCAAAAGAAGAUUGGUAAAUUCUUGAUAGACAGGUUUUGGAUAUUAUCCGGCUAUUCUUAUCAAGAAGAGUUGCUCAUAAUGUUACAAAAGAGAAAUCCACUGCAAGAUUGAUGGAAGCCUUGUCUGGGAUGUAUGAAAAGCCCCCAAUAAAUAAGAAAGUGCACUUGAUGAAGAAGUUGUUCAACCUAAAGAUGACAGAAAGCAUCUCUUCACUUCGAAGCAGUUGGGAAAGUAUGAGAAUAGCCGUAAGUAACUCACUUGGAAAAUCCAAAUUGAAAGAUGACGACAUCCGAGACCUGAUUUUUGCUGAAGAAGUACGAAGGAAAGACUCGGGUGAAAGCUUAAGCUCAAGUUUAGCUCUCACCAUCAACACUCGAGGGAGGAGACUAGAUAGAGGCUUAUCUAGAGGCAGAUCAAAAUCUAGGUACCGUGAAAGCAG